UAUCCAAGAUUAAUUAGAACAUAUGCCGAAUGGUGUGUUGCAGGAAUGGAUAAAAACAAUGUAAUUUCUGAUUUGAAUCGUGGUGACGUUGAUCGUAAUGAUGAACUGUUAAGUAAUUUAAAAUCUACUUUGAUGG